AUGAUAAUCUUCCUUAGUUUCCUCUGUUUCCUCUGUUUCUUACCCAUUUUUAUAGUUUCAUUACUCUUUUUGGAACUUUCCAAACUCUUAAAACCUAAGCUUCCUUCAGGACAAGACAAUCUUCCACCGGGGCCAACGUGCAUUCCGUUCAUGGCAGUCUUACAAAGCUUCAACCAAAAGUCUCAUUCGCUUUUUCGGGGUCUUUGUCAAAAGUACGGGCCAGUGAUGCUUAUCCGUUUUGGAAUGGAGUCAAUGGACAUCCUCGUGAUCUCAUCUAAAGAAGCAGCAGAGGAAUAUCAUGAAGGUUGCAGCCGACCAGAGACAGUCGGAUCUCAUCUAUUCUCUUACAACUGCGAAGACUCCGGAUCCGCGCCUUCUGGUGAACGUGAAGAAUGGGAAACUUCAAGGUACCGUACCAUGAUCAAACUCCUUAACACGAAGACUCAGUCUUUCAGGUAUAUAAGAGAGCGAGAGAUUGACUUGUUCGUCAAGAAACUGUCCGAAUGCGCUGCAAGACGAUCUCCGGUGAAUCUUACAAAGACCCUUUUCACAUUGGUCUCUAAUAUGACUUUUAGAGUCUUAUCUGGACAAAAUCUCCAAGAGUGCAAGUUCAUCGAUGAUGAUAGCAUCGCAGAACUUGUGAAGAGGUUUGAUAUGAUCACGGAGUAUUUUUCCUUCCCUGAAAUGCUCCCCUAUGGAUUUGGUUGGCUCAUUGACCGGAUUUGGGGUCCGAGUAAGAGAUCGAGAAAGGCUUUCUCGGAACUCCGCACUUUCUUUGAGAGCAUUCUCGAUGAUCGUCUCAACUCUGGAGAAAUGGUAUUAGAGAACAUGGAUAUCAUCGACUUGAUGAUCGAUAUGAUAAGGAAGCAAGAGAAAGACAUAGACUCCAUCAAACUCACUACUGAAUAUCUCAAAACAAUCAUCACGGAGAUGUUUCUUGCGCAAGUAAAUACAAGUGUCACCGCUUUGGUCUGGGCGAUGGCAGAGCUUAUUGGAAACCCAAGAGUUAUGAAGCAAGUGCAAGACGAGAUUAGGACAACACUUGGGGACAAGAAGGAGAGGAUUACAGAAGAUGAUCUAGACCAGCUUCAUUACUUGAAGCUCGUGGUUAAAGAGACAUUCAGGUUGCAUCCUUCCGUUCCAGUUUUGCCUCCAAGUGGCGCAUCACGAGACAAGAUCCAAGGCUAUGAUAUCCCCAAGGAAGCCCUGAUCAUGAUCAAUGUCUAUGGGAUCGCACGCGACCCGAAAGUAUGGACAGAUCCUGAUGAGUUCAAUCCUGAUAGGUUUUCCAACAGUUCCUUAGAUUACAAAGGACUUGAGUUUGAGCUAUUACCGGUUGGUUCUGGUAAGAUAAUAUGUCCUGAGAUGAGGAUGGCCACUGUGGAACUGGCACUGGUAAACUUGCUCUACUUCUUUGAUUGGGGAUUGCCACAUGGUAAAAGGGCUAAGGACAUGGACUUGGAAGAAACUGGAAUUAUCACUCUCAGUAAAAAAACAGCUCUUGAUCUCGUUCCUGUUCUUCAUCACUGA